AUGAUUGGAAGUUGGAAGGAAGCCGAUAACAAAUUAAAAGAAAUUUUCUCUGACAAACAGAUACGUGGCAAAAUCAGAGGUGCCCUGUUAAACAAGUUGGAAGAAGAACGUCUUAAUUACUUCGUAGGAGAUAACGAAGAAAUAGGAUUUACACUUUCAAUGCUCUUGCAAGAUGAACAUCAAGAUCCCAAUACGAAACACACACGUGAAAUUGAUGAUGAAUUGUAUUUUUCAGUAACAAGUAUGCUUAGUAAAAAACCAGAUUUUUUAAUAUUCCGUGAGGAUUUGUUGGAUUACAUUAAGCGACCAUUCGCCAGUGCGAUCGGUAUUUUCCAAAUGAACUAUGAGCGGUAUUUUCGGUCAGAACUUCCUCAAGGAUUUUUGAACAAUUUCUUCGUGAGCUCAUGUAAUGCUUCCAUGAGACUAUGGGAUCAAUGUAUUGUUGAUAUUGUUCGUCCACCCGUAACCGGUACUACAGAAGAUUCGUACCAUGCGUUCUGGGACGCGCUCAUUAUUAAACCAAUUCUCACUGGAUGUCCGGAGGCAGUCUAUAACCGAAACACCUCUAAAAAUACAUCGACGGGUUUAUGUAGACCUGACACCUCGUGUUGGAUAUCAAGCGCCUGUCUCGUAAGAGGGGAGGAAAAAGGCCCAGAAACUUCCGAAGAUCCAGCAAAGGAGCUAACCUCGAAAAUGAAAUGGACGUAUGGUGAUUGCCCUUAUAUCUUUGGAUAUUACGCACCAAAGAACAUUGGCCGACUAUUACCAUUACUCAGGCAACAUAUACCAGAAUCAUUUCAAGAAGAAUUCGACGUACUCUACCGAUCUAGAUCGUGUAAAGUGAUUCAAUUAAAACAUGAUAGCGUCAUAAAAUAUUACUCCACCCCGGAUUUUGUUUUAAAUAUUGUGGAACUUUAUAAUGGAAUGGCUGAACACGCAGUUCCAUAUAUUGAUUCCAUUUUGCAAUACAACGUGAUUGAAGGAACCAUUCCGUAUAUUGUUUUUACACCAAGGGGCGUACUAUAUAAACCACGAACGAUUGAUCAAUUAAUUAAAGCUAUAUACUGUGUUUUGACCGCAAUAAAGUCUCUUCACAAAAUGAAGAUCAUACACCGUGACCUCCGCUGGGAGAAUGUAAUGAAAUAUAUCGAUAGCGAAAAGUGGUUUAUAAUUGAUUUUGACGACGCGUGUAGAUUUCCUUCAAGUGUUCCAAAUACGCAAUUGGCUAUGGAGAGUCAUGCACCCGAGGUUUUCCAAAAUAAUCAUGAUGACAGUGUCGAUGUUUGGUCUGUAGGGUAUUUGAUCCAGACAGCUUCAGUGAGACUUGAAAAAUCCGACAAAUUAAAAGAUUACGCAGUAACUAAAUUGAUGGCGAACGACGAAUUUGACAGACCGACAUCUGGAGAAGCUCUCGAAUGGCUCUGGGAAAAUUAUAAAGACGUUCUUAAAGAUUAUUUAGAACCAACUGAAAAUAUUUUCGAGAUUUGA